UUCCCAAGCGUGAAAUAUUAAAUCGUUAAACCGUAUAACACACACGGAUAAACAAUUCCAAGUCACGAUAGAAAAAAAACAAUGCACUUCAGCUUUAUAUCUGUAAAAUUUCGUUGCACAUCGUAUCCCUUUAUCUACAUCACUUGCGUGUAUUUCACAACUCGUAGAGUAACGUACCUAUAAUAUUAUUUUCUUUUUCUUUGAUAAUUCAAAAAAUUUCACGCAAAAUGGGAUGGGACGCUUUCUCGGAAUUGUGGCAUAUCUCAUUCGCGACGGAUAAUUAUUCUUUAAGAAUAUCUUUGAUUCGUUGAUUUUUUUUCUUGUUUUUUUCCUCGGAGAGUGGAGGUAACCGCGGAUCCGGAUUGGUUUCUUCUCGUCCUCGACGCACCCGGUGGGAGCACCACUUAGUGAAGCUUCCUUAUCCCCCGCGCGGGGCAAUUUGUAAAUUCUCGAGUACACACGUCCGAGGCGGAUGAGUAAUCCUGGAGUAAUUAGCUACCCUCUUCGCGGUCUCGGUCCCUCCCACGGCCUCCGUCUUACCCUGCUCUUCCGUCUGUCUCGCUCAAUCGCCGCGUCCCACUCGGGCGCCCUCCCCUACCACGGCGGACCACCCGACCGAGUAGAAGAGUCACUCUCGGCCGUGGUCUCGCAGCCGCGGUCCGGCGAAUCGCGAGGGAGCGCGCCCAGUCGAGCGCACGCGCGCGAUUUGCCAACUCCACGGAGAGCGAACGCGCCUCCCGAGGCCGAUCUAUCUCUCUCUCUCUCGAUCCACCUUGCGGGAUAUAUAUCCUAUAGCCGGACCGUGCCCGACCUAACGAUCGCAGAUGAGACCGGCCACCCCAAGGGACCGGAGGGACACCCCAGCGAUGCCUCGCCGACGGUCGAACCCCUGAACGGAGAAACAGGGAAGAUGCGGCCUUGUUGGAACUAAGACCGCUUCGUAGGCUGCGCAAGUCCGCGGGACCACAUCCCGAGCCAGUGACCAAAAAGUAAGGAUCCACCGUUGCCCCGAGCCCAAACGGGCUUAGUGACAAAGAGGGAGGAAGGAACGGAACCCCCGAUAGAAAAGCGGAUCAGGAGAGGGGAAAACGAAGGGAGGGAGGAAAAACGUUCAUAUCCAUAGAAGAAAGUGUUUUAAAAGGGUGUAGACGCGUCUCGAGAAACUUCGUUCACGCACUCCGUUCGACGGAAAAAAAAACAAAAACUUAAAGUAAAAGGAAAGAAGCAAAACGAGAUAUAAGUUUAAGAACGGAAGAGGAAAAGGAGGCAAAAGGAAAGAUUUGAAUAUCAGUAGAGGUGUACCUUUCGAGCCGCGUGCCGUCGCGCGUCGUCGAGCAAAGUCGCGAUCGGGCGUCUCGUGGUAUAUAAGAGAAAAAAAAAGUAAUAAAAACAAAUACAAAAAAAAAUAAGAAUCGGGAAAGGGGGUGAGAAUCGAGGAAUUAUCAGGAUGGCGGUGGCGUGGAAGUUGACAGUUCUGCUGCAGAUCGCGGUCUUCACGAUGCGCGCAUGUGCGUCCCCUCGUGACACGGACCUCUCGAAUCGACCUCCUCCAUGCCCGAGCGACAUUUACUGCCACGGGGACCUGCUGCACACCGUGCAAAUGGCCUCGAUCUACAGCGACUCGAAGACCUUCGUCGACAUGAAAAUGAAGAAGCCCCCGAACGAGACGCUGGCGUCCUUCCGGGAGUUCAUGAACGCGACGGACAGCGCCCCGACGCCUCUGCAGGUCGAGAGGUUCGUCAACGAGACCUUCGACCCGGCGGGAUCCGAGUUCGAGGACUGGGACCCCGUCGACUGGCGGAUCAGCCCGAAGUUCCUGGAGAACAUCAUGGACCGGCAUCUUCGGAAGUUCGCCUACGACCUGAACCAUAUAUGGAAGCUUCUGGGACGGAAGAUGAAGGACGACGUCCGGGUGAACCACGACCACUACUCCAUCAUCUACGUGCCCAAUCCGGUAAUCGUCCCCGGUGGCAGGUUUCGAGAGUUCUACUACUGGGACUCCUACUGGAUCAUCAAGGGCCUCCUGCUCUCCGAGAUGUACAGCACCGUCAAGGGCAUGCUCUCCAACUUCGUCAGCAUAGUCAACACCAUCGGGUUCAUCCCCAACGGCGGGAGGGUCUAUUACACCAUGAGGUCCCAGCCGCCGAUGCUGAUCCCCAUGGUCAACGAGUACCUCAGGGUCACCAACGACUUCCAGUGGCUCAAGGAGAACCUGUGGCUGCUCGAGAAGGAGUUCGACUUCUGGAUGACCAACCGGACGGUCGAGGUCGAGAAGGACGGGGUCACUUACACCCUGGCCAGAUACUACGAGGAGUCCGCCGGCCCGAGGCCGGAGUCUUACAGGGAGGACUUCAUAACCAGCGAGAGUUUUCGCACCGAGGAGGAAAAGAACAACUAUUAUGCCGAGCUCAAGACCGCUGCGGAAUCUGGCUGGGACUUUUCCAGUAGAUGGUUCAUCCUCGACGGAACUAACAAAGGGAACUUGACGAACUUGAAGACCAGAUCCAUUAUCCCGGUCGAUUUGAACUCCAUUAUAUAUCGGAACGCCGUCCUUCUGGCCGAGUUCAACAACAGGAUGGGAAAUACGACGAAGGCCGCGGAAUACACAAGGUUGUCCGAGAAGUGGAUGGAAGCCGUGACGGCGGUCCUCUGGCACGAGGAAGUCGGCGCUUGGCUCGACCACGACAUCCUCAACGACAUCAAGAGGGACUAUUUCUACCCUACGAAUAUCUUGCCCCUCUGGACGAACUGCUUCGACAUCACCAAGAGGGAGGAGUUCGUAUCCAGGGUCUUGAAGUACCUCGAGAAGAACCAGAUCAUGAUCAACCUCGGAGGCAUACCGACGACGUUGGAGCACUCCGGGGAACAGUGGGACUAUCCGAACGCGUGGCCUCCUCUGCAGUACUUCGUCAUCAUGGCCCUGGACAACACCAGGGAUGCUUGGGCUCAGAGACUGGCCUACGAGAUGAGCCAGAGGUGGGUUCGCAGCAACUACAAGGCCUUCAACGAGACCAACAGUAUGUUCGAGAAGUAUGACGCCACCGUUUCCGGGGGCUACGGCGGUGGUGGCGAGUACGAGGUGCAGCUAGGGUUCGGCUGGUCGAAUGGAAUCGUCAUGGACUUGCUGGACAAGUAUGGCGACAGACUGACCGCGGAGGAUCACUUUUUGCCGAACGACUUCGUCGAGAACUCGGCGCCGCAGCAGAUCGUCGUGUCGACGGCUGGUCAAGUCAUGACCGGGAUCCUCGCUCUCAUCAUAUCCGUAGCGGCAGGAUUCAUAGGGAUGGUAAUGUACAAGAGGAGGAACUAUUACGCGCCGGGGCCCUCGACGAUGCCGAACAAGCGGAAGGUCGGCCCUGCGUCUGCUCUCUACAGGAAGAGGAUCGCCUACACGGAGCUGAAGGACAUGAGCAACGAUUGACGAGCACUCGGCAGCUAGAGAUCGUUCUAUCAUCGGGAUGGACCAUUGCCGGGAUCGGUCUUCUCGUGAACGUGCUUCGGCAGUCCCGAGGACCCGCGAAACUGUCCGGAACUAGUUAGGAACUGCGCUCCUACGAGGGGGAAGCAUAUCGUUCUAGAAGGAUUAAUCGACCGCCUUCGUGGUCUCGACAUCGUAAGGACGUAGAAAAUGCGCCGAGAAUCGGAAAAAUGGAUAGGAGGAAGAGAGGCACGGGUCCUCUAGAGCGUGCGAACAAAAAACUGAACGCAACGCCAUUACGUUCAGGGAUGUAUGUACCCUGUCGAACAUGAAUCUCUUCCAUCUAGCACCAUGUUCGCAGGGGAGAGAUUCAUAUCCGACCCUGUACAUCCUCCAAGGUACUCCAAAAUGGCGUCGCGUUGGACACUUCCGGUGUGGGAAUUCGGGCCAACGCGGCUCCGAGAGCAUACCGACGGCUCAACAGCACUUUAGGCGGCCGAUUUUCUAUUGUACAUUUCGGCGACGCGACAUCGUACGAAGCUGCUCGCCGAUUGGCUUAUUAUUUAUUUCCCCCGCCCUUUUUUACGUAUACAUAUAUACAUACGCGUAUAGGUAUUUAUACAUACAUAUUUACAUACAUAUUUAUUGCAAAGAGUCCAGCGGACCUGCGACCCUCGCGCCGUUCUUCGGGUCUUCGGUUUCUCAGUUUUACCCGAUUCGCCGGAAAUUCAACCCUCCCUUAGCUUACUUCUCCCGUUGUGCCAUGUUAGAGGUAAAUCCGAGCGAAGCGACCGCGCAAAAGGUGUCCGCAACUUCCGGAUUUUCUCGCGGAGGACCUCCGGAAAACCGACUUCCGGCGACGCGGCGGCUUCUCCGGCGAAACCCUCGUGGGUGAAACGCGCUUGCUUGUGUAUUAAUUCUCUUCUUUAGACGUUCUACGUCGAAGGAAGGGUUCCGCCUCGAAGCCACGUUGGAGGAUCGCAAGGAGCCCGAAGCUCUCUAGAAAGUAUUAAAGCGCGUGGAAACGGUCGCUUCGAUGCCCUGGACCGUGGAUGCGAAAACGGUGCGAUAGGUCGCCGAUGAAGCCGGUGUGUCGAGGGACCCAGGUCGAUCCUGCAGGUCGCAGAGACGAGACUGGCUCCUGGAACGGGAAAUUUUGUCAGAGGGUCUCGGCGAAUGUGUCCUCGUUAAACUCGCGCCAACUCGGGUCAUUUUUAUUCUAUGUAUUUAUUCAUAUCGAGUAGGCAGUGUCUUUGAAUUCGAGUAACUCGAGUUUUCGACUAGGGUGAACAGCGAUUUUAAACCGGCGAUGUGCUCUCGGCGAGCCGGCGUUCCUUUCCCUCGUGCCUCUGUACAAAGCGAGAAAAAGGGCGAGACGCGACGCCCUCGGCUUUUUAGGGUACUAAACGAACAUUACGCGAUCGAGCCUCGUCCUAACGUGCCUCUGAGCACCGAUUAUCGAGUUCACACCGAUCUUUUUCGCAUACGUAUAGAUUCCCCUGAAAAAUUUUGCGCUGCUGAGAAGUCGCCAUUAGUCGACACUUGAAAGUCCUAUACGAAACUAUCAAUCGUGUGAAUGUUGACCGGGUGAACUGGAUGAUGGCGCGAUAGGACUGAGGGCGUCGACGCGAAAGAGAACAAUUGUACAUAUGUACGCUUAAGGGUGUGUAGCCAGAGUCAGACCGUGCGCGUCGGGUGUCACACAUAGCACGGCGCGUCGACGCGUCGAGGAUGUAAAUCCAAUAAAAAUGCGGCAAAAUGUGCCUAGAGCGGUUCCGAUUGGUUUUUCUGUUGAAAAAAAUGAGACAAGCGUUGACGCGCCGCGCUCUGUGCGACAACCGACGCGCUCGGUGGGCUCCGGCUUGUCGGAAAGAUAGGGAGAGCGAGAGAAAGAGAGAGACGUUGAGGGAGAAAAUGAGUGCGUGAAAGGGAGGGAGAGAACGAUGCUGCGGCAGAGGACAUUGCGCUGUAUAUUAUAUAGGAGAAGAGCAUCUAGAAUAAGGAUCGGCGGUUUUAGGAGAUUUUUAUUAGCGAAUUUCACGGUUAGGCGAUUCCUAAGUCGAGGUGCGACGACUCAAAGAGAGGAGGGAGGACUCUGGACAAGUCCUUUACGUGCUUGGAAUAGACAAUUUUACGCGCUGUUCAUAUUGUAUAUACACAAUGCGGCUGUACGGGGCUCGGUUUUGUCGUGGGGUCGAAGCUACGAAGUGGGUGCACCGUUUUAGGGUCAGUUUAUCUUGUACAAAGUGCCACUCGGCGAACUCGACGAACGGACUUGCGCGAAAAGAAAUCCGAACUUUGACUCGUAUCGAGUUCCGAAACGUUGAACGGGGUUCAACCUGGACGUGGAACGAAACCGCGUCGCUUAUGUUUAGUAGAUAUCUUCUGGAAAUACGUUCGCGUGAGUCCGACGAAUAGUCGUCUAGAAGGUGUACGAGGUAAUGUGAAUUGCGCAGUCCUCAGAAAACAAUUAAAUCUUUCUCUUAUUAUAGUGGUUUUUUUUUGUAUAUAAGAAUUCUUGAAAAUUUAGGCGUAAUACCGAACAAUCUAAAGCGCAAAAAAAAUUUGAAUACCUCCAGCGAAGCCCGCGUUUUUUUUUUUUUUUUUUUAAGUCUUUUGCAUCCCUCCAACGCACAAUUGCAGGAUACACCUUUACCUUGACGUAUACCUCCGCAACCUUUACGCACGGUGAUUACGAAAUUCAGGUUUUGUACGCCCAUUUCCCUAAUUUAGUGCCUUACUGAGGUAACUUUACUCGCGGUUUCUCAAGUAUUACGUCUUAAGUUUGAAGUUCCCCUUUUAAAGCGAAUAAGACUUGCAUGGCUGGAGGAAAGUGCGAGCUCGUUAUUAGGCACGCGCGAGUCGGCGGACUAAAUGUAUAAACGGCGAAAAAUCGUCAGGAUGUUUUAGAGGUACGUGUUAAUUUCCCGUAGAAUAAUCAGCGUACACUUUGGAUCAUGUCGAAGAUUCAACGGUCCGGCUUGUAGGUCAGACUAAGAUAGUCCACUUUUCGCUGAUGAACAUAUCGGGCCGCAUGGGUACGGAUACGUAUAGUCUUUACCGCAAAGUAGAUCUCUAUUAUUCUAUCUGCUGGCGACGUGGAUAUUACGAUCGGACUGAAUAAAAGCUUCGAGCUGAACAUGACAUCCGUUCCUGUCUUUCUACCGCGAUCGCUUUUAUUAAUCGCGUCGUGUUACAAAAAACGGUUCCAAAUAAUAUCUCGUUGGCCACGAAUCCGUCUAGAAAUCCAGCCCACUCCGAACUAACAAAUUACGAAGUUAAGUACACGAUACUUGAGAAGAACGUCACAGAGGAUAAUCCUGAAAAUAAUUAGACCAUUACCAACGUGCGAGGGCGGACCGAAGCCCCGUCCCAAUACUGACGUCUUUUCGCGAAAGGCUUUUUGCGGAAAGUUGGCGAAAAAGAAAAAAUAAAAAAACAAAACAAAAGGAUGAAGCUCUCCGAAACUACCUCGUCGAUGUAAUGGAAAGAGAUACGAAAUUGUUAAUUAAUCGAGGGAGAGAAAGCGAACCGUUGUGAAGACCUCGACAUUGUGAUACAUUUUAAAAUAGCUAGGUGUGCCUGUGUGUGUCUGGUCGUUUCGCGAAAACCUGAAAAUCUGGAUUCGAGCCUGUCGAAUGUCCCCCGAGAGAAGAAACGCUUUCGCGUCCAUUGCUCGAUCAUCUACGCAUGAAUUGUUUGAAAUUGCGCCGCCACUUUUGCGAGAUGGAAAUAUAUUCUCCGGACGCGAGGUCGAGGCAACGAGUACAAGAGACCCGAAUCAGUCCGCUCGUUCCGACUAACGAUUUAUACAGGAACAUCGGCUCGGAAUUAACCCUCGAUCGGACCAAUAAAAUCAAAUCGAUUGGCCGAAGGUGUAGUACCUUUGUCGAAUAUUCAUUAUCUCGGGAUUUCGCCCGUACUUAGCAAUAAUCCAAUCCGACGACUUGGUCAAGUAGGAAUGAAUUUCGAGCUUGAAUCCAAAUUCUGAUCGGAAAAGACGCAACUGACGUUCCUUUGCGCAAAUCUGGAAGACUGCCUUUUUGGCUAAGUUAGUCGCUUCCAGGUGCUUAACCCUUUCGUCCCGCCAAAAGAGUACACAAUGGGCUAUAACCGGCUCAUCUCUGGGCAUUGUUUUGUAGAUGUAGAUUCGUAUUGGAGGUCGUUUCGUGUAUGCCGGUUAUAGUCGGCGUACGUCUUCAGGGGUUGCUUUGUGGAUAUACUAAAUAGUCUAUAGGUGGCAUUCGGGUCGAAAGGGUUAAGUAGCCUUCCCGACUUGUCCCUUCCUCGUCCCUUUGAGUUCACCCAAAAACCCUGCAAGACGAGACCGCUCUCGUCUGAAUAUAGAAUAAUAAGCGCCGAAUUUUAUUUAUUCCGUAUCGAAGGUCUAGAUCCGGUGAGAAACUCCGAAAUAGACAUUUUUUUUAGCAAGCGCUUUGGAAAUAGUACGCGAUUACUAAGUCGACAGAACGCAGCAACCCAAACGAGAAGGUAUCCUCCUUCACGGCAAAAGAGAAAUUUCUACUUGACGAUUGUUGCUACCGAAUGAAGAGAAACCUAAUGACUGUACAUAUUAUACAUACAAAGGAUAUAUAUAUAUAUGCAUAUACACUAUAAUUUCCCACGUGCAAUGGUGCGGCAAUGCAACUGGUGUGCGUUUAAGCGGCGUAUCAAGAUUCACAAAAUUGCCAUUGAGAUAAAGAGUUCCGGUUAGUGUUAAUAAAAAUAUUUAUGAAAAAGUGGCCAAUUUGAGACUUAGUAACUACUACUAAAUUCCGUCUUUCACGUGAGGUUCUCGCGAUCGUUGUCGAUAUUUCUUGACUUCAGGAUAUAUUUAUUCGACCCUGUUCGGUGGUAUAUUUAUUGACAUUAACCGACCUCUUUUCUCGAUGCAUUCGCGUUAUUGCCGUGGUAUUUUCGACGUAUCUUUGGGGCGCGAUUGAAUAUCAUUUCUGUGAAAUAUCUGCUCGCCGACGGUGCGCUCUCGCAAUGGCGUUUAUACAUGAUUUUUAAAAAGUACUACACUAUUAAGGAAGAAGCGGAUGUGUCGUGUAUGUUUAUGUAUGUGUACAACAUGGCUUCUAAUAAAUGUAAAGAGAA